AUGAACAUCAUCAAAAAGUUUUUUGGUUCGUCUCCCAGAGACGAACUUAUCAUGAUACCCUUGGGAAAACUCUUUUUGGUCAGAUCCAUCCAGUCUCCAAAGGGAGAGUCUGAGUGCUUGUACAACGAUGUUGUGGCAUCUAUUCGGCGCACGUCACUUCUCCACAAUUACCAGCUAGUACUCAACAAGGCUUAUGAAGAAGGUAAUGAUUUGAGUGACGAUGAGGAGCUUACUGGGAAUGACUAUUCGGAGUUGGAAGAUGUGAACAAUGAAGAAUGGUCCUUUCUUAUUGACCAGAAUUUGCAGUUUGAUAAGCUUUAUGAAGACAAUUCCUGGCAGAUUACAUGGAAUGAUCUGAAUGGCGAUCCUGGGGACAAGUUUCAUUUUAUCUGCGAUGAAAGUGUAGACGAAACGUUGGUUGAUCAGUUCAUGCAGACUCUCUAUAAAUGUCAAUAUGAAAGAAAGUACAAAAAAGAUUCUUCAACGGUUUCUCUAGACUCUUUGAAAGAAUUUAUUGUGAAACAUGAAACUGCGUUUGAAUCUGAUGAUGCAAAAGGUGCUUCUGAGAAUCAAGAGAAGGACGAAGAUGACGAAGAAGAAUUUCAUGAUGUAAUCGACGAUGAUGAGGAGUUCUUCAACUCUCAAAUCUUGAAAGGAAACGAGUUGUACACUGUAACAGGAGAUUUGAGACUCUACGAUCCGAAUGAUUCUGUUUUUAAAUUGAAAGCUGCCGAUGCCAUUGUGAGGAUUGUGUCUCCUAAAGCUUUCACGUACUAUUUGAACGUAAAGAAUACUGAUUUAUUGAUAAAGAUUGAUUCCGAUUUGAACCCAGUUUUUAACUUUGAACAUACUUCAUUUAUUUUCUCUGACCUAAGCUCAUCCAAACCUGCUUCGUGGUUAAUCAAGUUUCGGUCUUACGAUGACCUGUCCCAAUUCCAAUCACAGCUGAUGAAAUAUUUGUGGGAAACAUUAAACCAGUCCGAAUGGUUGCCAAAGCAAAAUGCUGAUAAAGAUUACAUGAUCGAGGCAUUUCAAGCAAUGGACAUAGACUCUUCUGAAGAAGACGAGAAAGAUGAAGAGAGAGAUGAGUCAGAAGAAUAUGAAUCAGAAGACGAAAGUGAUACUGAUAGAGCAGGUACUAGUAUAAGACGCCGUGAGGUUAAAGGAUUUUCUGAUGAUGACCAGGAUUAUAAUGAUUAUGACCCAUCUUUGAAGAAGCAACCCAAAAGGGCUAAUCUACACAACAUUAAUAAAGAAUUAAAAGUCGGUAUUAAAAACGAUCGGUCUUACGUUUCAAGAGGUGAUAAGUUAGGUGUUUUCAAGACUACGGACGAUGGUCUCCAAUUUUACACAGCUAUUGAAAACUUGAAAACAAUCAAAGGCAAAGAAUUAGCUCCUCAGAAGAUGAUGCUUCAUGAAGGGGAUAAAGCUAUGAUCAUCCAAGACCCUACUCAGCAAGAUACAUUAUACAAGAUGGAUCUUGAAUACGGAAAAGUCGUUGAAGAAUGGAGAGGUAGGGAGGAUUUAGAUCUGGAAGACUUUGGACCAACUACUAAAUAUGCCACGAUCUCAGGAGAGCCAACCUUCUUGGGUGUUUCAGAGGAAUCCAUGUUCAAACUUGAUCCUCGUCUGUCGGGUGAUAAAUUGGUGAAAAGUGAAUUCAAUGUAUACAGAAAGAACCCCAAGUUCACUGCCUUGGCCACGACCGAAAAUGGUUAUGUUGCAGUGGGUAGUGCCACUGGAGAAAUUCGGCUAUAUAAUCGGGUUGGAAUCAAUGCAAAGACACAAUUACCUGGAUUGGGUGAGCCAAUUAUUGGUAUUGACCUAAGCAACGACGGACGCUGGAUUUUAGCUACAUGCAAGACAUAUCUAUUGCUAGUGGAUACUAAAGUGAAGGGUGAUAAUUCUGGGAGCUAUUACACCAAGUCCUAUGGGAAGGAUAAUAAACCCCACCCCAAGAUUUUGCAACUAGCUCCUGAACAUGUGGCAUUCAUAAAGAUGCAGACAGGAGCAGGCCUGAGUUUCACCAAAGCCCAUUUCAACAACGGAUUGGAUAGUAAAGCACAAACUAUUGUCUCAUCAACUGGACCUUAUCUUGUAUCUUGGUCGUUACGGAAACUGCAAAAGGGAGAUAGUCAUCCAUACUUGAUAAAGAAAUAUGACUCAAAGGUCAUAGCUGACAACUUCAAGUUUGGCACAGAUAAGGAUAUCAUUUUGGCAACAACUGACGAUGUUACCAUGGUCAAUAAAAAGAGUUUUAAGAAACCAACAAAGGAUAGCAUAGUAUCAACCGCCUUCUGA